ACCUACGAGUGUUAUAUGGAAAACGUUGACAUUUCCACGGUUUUUUUACAUCGCGCGCACAAAACGGAAUAUAUUCUAAAACAGUAUCGUCCGUUCUAUUAUUCCAUUAUCAUUCAUUACUGGCGCGCUGUAACGAUGAAUCAGCUGUCCAUUUGCGGUUUGAUCGCGCUCCAGUUUUUAUUCUACCGGUUAACUAUCGCUGCGCCUAACACCACUAUCGAUGUCUCCGAAGUUCAAUAUUAUUUUUUCGAUGACAACUAUCACUUGAUGGAUGAAAGUAACAUAACGAUUUUAGACAACAAAACAUUGAUUGUAUUAGUUCACGGAUUUAGAUCAAGUCCAUGGACUGGCGUUGUAGCAGAUUUGGGAAAAACGCUGGUGCAGUGGACAGACUCCAAUGUGGUUCUAGUCAAUUGGUCAAAGUGGACCCAGAAAAUGGAUUACACGGAUGUGGUUCUUCGAUUACCCACAGUUGCUACCCAUCUGGUCGACUGGUUGAACGGUUUGCGUGACCGCGGUAUCGUUCAGAGCUUUGACAACGUCACAAUGAUCGGCCAUAGUUUAGGUGCUCAUUUGAUUGGUUACGUGGGCCACAGAUUGAACGGGUCAAUCAACAGAGUUAUAGCUCUUGAUCCAGCACAGCCUAAUUUCAAAGACAGUCAGAAAAACGAAAGAGUCGACGUUGGCAGUGGUCAGUUCGUUAUGGCGUUGCAUACGUCGACCAUGUUCUUAGGAUUGAGAGAGCCAGUUGGUCAUGUCGAUUUUUACUUCAACGGUGGCCACAUGCAGCCAUCGUGUAACUCCGAUACAGUUUGUGGUCAUGUAAUAGUUUUAAACUAUUUGGCUGAUUCAUUGAAAAAUUCAAGUGAAUUUAAAGCAUACCGAUGUCAUACGUUAAGCGAUUGUGAAAAAAAAAUCAUUGAUGACAAAGAACCAACUAUUAACAUGAAUAUAGACAUACCAAAUUCAACCAGAGGAUUGUAUUCUAUAAUGCCAAGCAAAAAGAAUUUAAAAAUAUACUCACGUUUCUUCUUGAAAUGAAGUUUGAAAAUUUUAAGACACUUAUCAUUUUAUUUGGAGGAAUCAUCCACAUCAUAUUCACGCGUAAAGUACAAUAUUCGAUAUGUUUUUACAUUAGGUAACAUAUAUACUAUUUCAAUGUACAGUGUAGGCGAUAUUUUAUUUAUUAAGCACUUAUAUUUAUAUUGUACUCUGGAUACUAUAUUAGGCAACACAAACAAUUUGUAUUAGAAUAUUGUAUAAUGUCUCUAAUAAUAUAUUAUAUUAUAUUUUUUUAUGAUCACAA